ACCCUUUCUCUUUUGAUGUUAACGUGUUUGUCAUCCUCGAAGUGAUUGUAUUUUCCUCGAAAAAAAUUCCAAAUCCUACGUUGUUACGUGGAAGAAGAUUGAAUUAUCUUCUUCAGAGAAGAACGAUUACAACGUAAUUUUUCGAAAAUAUACGAUUUCGAGAUCAUUCGUCGACAGAUCGCACGAAUCGAGUAAAUUUUCAACACCUUUAAUAUCGCGAUUUUUAACACCGUCUUUGCAACUCGAAAUGAUAUGGCGAACGUAGCCAUCGAUCGCGCCAUGACAGGAGGACAGCACGGAAGCGCGUUAAGAAAUCGUAACGGAACAUCCGUCGCGUUAAAAUAGACAUCCUGGAACUCGAAUCUGGUAUACUCUACUUCGGUGUAGUACUCGAGGCUGCUAAAUGUAUCAUCGCACGUAUAUUUAGGCGAUGACUGUCAUCGGCUCGGUUCAAUCUAAAUACCUUGCCUUCUCUAGCUCUUUGAAAUUUCACCAUCGAUCGCGAUGGUGUCUUAUUUUAGCGUGUACUACGAAAAAUUCGAGCAGUUUUUAAAAAUCGGGGGAGAUUUUGUAAAGAUUAUAAAAAUUUUGUUUCGAUCCGAAUAUCGAAAAUUCGAUAUUCAUUUAUCGAUCGAGUUUAUUUAAAUGAAAUUGAAAAUAUUUCAUUUUUAGAUGCAAUGUAUACGUAAAAGAGGAUAAGAUAAGAUAAAUUAAUGCUUAAAUUAUAUUUCACGGGUUGAUUUUCGAUAUUAAAUAAUUUUUUUUAAAUUAAAAAUAAAAGAUUAAAAUGUCGCGAUUUAAUUACGAAAACGUAAUUUCAUUUCAAUAAUUAUCGAAAACAAGAAAGAAAAGGAGUUAUUCCGAUAAUUAGCCUGUACAAUAAUCGUUCGUUACUUCGAUAGAUAGACACGGUAUCUUAAGAUUCUACCAUGUAUCUUUAAUUACGCGCUAUUAAGCGUAGAAUUAAAGUUCAGCAAACAGUGUAUUGUCGCCACGGCGUUAUCUGUUUACAGCGUGAACCCGCUAGUCACUUGCUAAAUAUACUGUUCGUGAGAUCAUAUGCAAUAUUUUGUAUAUAUAUAUAUAUAUGUAUAUAUAUUCGUGUGUUUCUUAGUUUGCUUGGCGUUGCUCGUUCGAUACUGAUCAUCGAUAAUCGUGUAGCGUCUUCUUAUCACGCGUGUAGAAAAUGUACAACAAAAUCGGAAAAUCUUUCUCUCGCUUUUAACAUCGGAUCUGAGCUAAGAGAAUACGCGUUCCUCGAUCGAAUUACAGUGAUUGCAUUUUCCUCGACAAAAAUUCCAAAUUCUACAUGGAAGAUUGUAUUGGCUCAUUAACUCGUCUAUGAAAUGGACAUCGAACGAUUAUCGAUCUAAUUAAACGGAAUAAGAAAAGUUUUAUAAUCACCUCGAUAUGUGUGCGUCGAUGCAAAAUUCUUUUAAACACUUGCGUCAAUUUAUCUAGAGAGAUAGAUAAGAAGUGGAUCUCGGUGAUUUCGGCUAACCUCGUGCCUUCGGCUUUGCAAGUUUUUUUAGGUUAGGUUUCCAUUUCGUAUUCGAUCGAACGUGACGUUUGGAUAAAAUAUAAAAAUUUCACCGUUAUCGAUCCAUUCGUAACGAUACAAUCACAAUUACAGAUAUUACAGAUGUUGCAACAAGGAAAUACAAUUUUUACAGCAAUUCAUCCUCUCCGCGAUGCAUCGCUGCAACCCGGUGAAUCCUCGUUCCGCAUUAAUUCGAAACGUGAAAUCGCAUCGUGACGUGUGCGCGAUCGAAGAAAACGGUGAAAACGCUCCGAUAUUCACCGAUUAAUUAUGUGAGAAUUUUAUUCAACCGCAACGGUGCAACGGUGUGCAACCUGUGUGCAAUGUCCCGGUGCAACGCGACAAGGAUGAGUGUACUCGAGAAACCGUACGGAACCAGAACGAGCAUCCGUCAGCGUCUCGAGGAUCUAACGUGAUUGUUCGACAGCGACAACUCUCGAGAUGCCUCAAUACGACGACACCUUCCUCGACUCGCCGAUCUUCCGCCGGCGCAUGCGUAGCUACGCCGUGCAGAAGGAGUUCGCGCCCAAGUCGAGCAGCUUCGUCACGGCCACACCUUUGCUGCUGGCCGUGACCAAUCACGCCAGGACCCUUUCCGGUUCCUUAUCGACCUGCAGCCUGAAAGAAGUCGAGGAGCGGUCCGGCGGGAAGGCGCGCGGCGGUAAACUUGCGCGUCGUGCGCGCUCGUUCAAGGAGGACUUCCUGGAGAAGCUCUCCCACAUGCGUUCUCCCGGUAGCGGCAGCGGGGGCGGAGGAAGCGGGGCGGCCACGAGGGCCGCCUCUCCCUCCUCGCCGCGGACGCCGCGGGACAAAAGCGCCCCCGGGUGCACGGACGCCACCCUCGACAAGAAUCCCCUCCGUGACCUGCACAUCCACGUGCGACAGGUGCAGCUGGCACUGCUCCACUUCAAGGACGUCGUGUUGAAGAAGAAGCUCGAGAUGCUGCCCGGGAACGGCACCAUCAUCCUCGACCACAUCACCACGAUACACACAGUGUUGAAAUCCUAUUUACUCUACGAGAACAGCUCCACUCUGGGAUCAGCGACGAAUCAGGUGUACCAAGCUCUAGCACAAUUGUUAAAACUCUGCGACGACGUGUUGCUGCACGGCGACCAGUCCUCCGCGUUGGACACCGAGAACGUGACGCACAUUAUAGGAUUAGUCGAGGACGCGGUGAAAAACUUGGUCGAUCUUGCGAACGAGAAGAUCGCCAACAGACAGAAACCUGCCGCCGUCGCAACGAGUAAUAGAACGUCGGGUUAUGGAUCGGAAUUGACGCCACAAAGAAAUUCUUUACCCGAUAUCCCGCUAACCCCGAGGGAAAGGCAGAUUUUAGAGCAGACCGCUGCGACUACUAGUCUGGUCCGUAGUUCGCAUAGUUCAGAGUCGAUUUUAAGGGAUUCUAGUCCACCCCCAAAACCACCACUCCCCGAAAGAACUAAUGUGUGUCUGUCGGAGGAAAAUAGUUCUUCCGGUACGCCCCCGCCAUUGCCACCGAAACGGAGAACGAGGGCUCAACAGUUGCUCGACGAGUCCGAAGGUCUUUUAGCAUCUAGUCUUGAUGGUGUUUCCCUACGAAGUAGAUCUCCAGAGGAUUCGUCGUCUCUUCUAAGCGCGUCGGCUGGCAGUUUGGAUUCGGCCCUAAAUCAUUCUCGCGACGAGGAUGAGAUACGGGCGAUCAUGGGACCAAACGACGAUUCUUUGAACGAUAGUAUGGAUCUCAGCCUGAUGGCUACUAUUCAGGGCAUGCAAGUUAAUGGUAGUUCAAACUGUAGUUGCUGGGACGGUUCCGAAACAAAUAUACCAAGUACUAUGUUAUUAGGUCAACAAACUCCACAAGAAGUGCUUCAUCAAUUUACUGGUAUAGAAGGAAAUCGAUUAUCGACCCAAACGCAAGAAUCUGGUUUCGUAUCAAUGCAUUCACAACGAAGUUCAUCCCAAAGUUAUACUACUACUUCCAGUAUAACGUCCAAAAGAUCUUCCCAGCAGAGCAGCAUUAGUUAUAAUUCACAAACGUUCAAUUCUCAACAAUCGUUUUCACAAACAAAACUAUCUUCGGAUAGUAACGGGUCUAUUUUCACUCAGAAGACAAUGACUAGUUCGAAGAGUACUGUUAGCACAAAUAUAUCUGGAAGUGGAGAUUCCGCGAUAUUAGAAAAAUUGGUAAAUGAAAUGGAAUCGAUAUCUACAUCGGAUGCUAAUGGUGUACCGCCGGCAUUACCAGAAAAACGAUCGAAACGGAGAAAAGAACGUCAGCCAUCGCAGUACGACAAUGUACCUGAAAACGAGCAUUUAUCAACCUGUAGUUUACAUACUAAUAAUGGCGAUAAUCCAGAUGCCAGUAAACCUCCACCACUUCCUCUUAAAAAAAGGCAUAUGUUCCAAUCAGUGGCAUAUUCUGUCAUGGCAUACAUGGAGAUGUUUGGGAAUUGUUCUCACAGUAACAAUGAUUUCAUCUCUGGUCUUGGGACCCGCCAUUCAGUGGCAGCUUAUAAUUCAAUGUUAGGUGAAUGGCAAAAUGAUAUGGCCCUUACUACGACACAAUCGUGUUCUUUCAUGGCACAUACUAUGACCACAUUGCACGAUAGUUCAAAUACCUCCAUAACUAUGACACCAUCAGUAACAGAACUAACAAAUAAUUCUAGUCUCCCACCAGCAUUACCACCAAAGAGAUCCCGAUCCAUUAAAUCAAAUGCAACACCUCCACCAAUUUCGCCAAAACCUACCAUUAGCAUGCAAAGUAUACAUACAAUCGAGCCAAUCGUAACUUCGACUCCAGUAAAGAUAGAAGAAUCUGGUUGUAUUCAUGAUAAGAAAGAGCUGACACCUUCGACUCCAGUAAAAUUGAAUAAUGUUGCCUUAGAUACAAUAUUAUCUACAUCAUCAAGACCAGCUAGUAAUGCUUUAUCAUCGAUAUCUGUUGAUGAUAAUACUUUGGAAUUAAGAGAUAUUGAUCAAGACGAUAGCAUAUUAGAUGAACUAGAUAUCAGUAAAUAUUUAGUUUUUAAAAAGCCAGAUGAAGAAGGACCAGAUAUAAGAGGUGGUCAUCCUGAUGCAUUACUAAUUCAUGCAACUAAAGCUAAUAAACACGACUUUUUGUAUCAAGAAGCAUUUUUAACAACGUAUAGAACAUUCAUGCAACCAUUGGAAUUAAUUCAAAAACUGCAUAAACGUCAUCAGCGAUUCUCCUGUUCUGCUGACGUUGUCAAACAAAGAGCAGCUCGUGAAGCAUUUUCUUUAUUAGUUAGAGCUGUUAGCGAUUUAACUAUGUCAGAUUUGGAUGAUACCCUCUUGCAAACUCUAAUGGAAUUCGUACAACAAUUAGUAUGUAGUGGUGAUCUUACUAUGGCGAAAGCUUUGCGUGUUAAAAUUUUAGAAAAACACGCUGUGAAACAAUUACAAUCCGCACAACCAAUUCUCUCUUCAUUAAGUGUGACAACAAAACAAGCUUCCCUUCUCGAUUUUAAAAGUGAACAAAUUGCGGAACAAAUGACAUUAUUAGAUGCUGAUUUAUUUAUGAAAAUCGAAAUACCGGAAGUACUAAUUUGGGCACAAGAACAAAACGAAGAACGAAGUCCGAACUUAACUAGAUUUACAGAACACUUUAAUAAAAUGUCGUACUGGGCCAGAUCGAGAAUAUUAGAACACAGAUUAGAAAACGAAGCAAAAGAUAGGGAAAAAUAUGUCGUUAAAUUCAUUAAGAUAAUGAAACAUCUUAGAAAAAUAAACAAUUUUAAUAGUUAUUUAGCCUUGCUUUCUGCAUUGGAUAGUGCACCUAUUAGGAGACUCGAAUGGCAAAAACAUAUUACAGAAGGCUUAAAGGAAUAUUGUGCUCUUAUUGAUAGUUCUAGUAGUUUUAGAGCUUACAGACAAGCUCUGGCAGAAACGCAACCGCCAUGUAUUCCUUAUAUUGGACUUGUAUUACAAGAUCUUACAUUCGUGCAUAUUGGAAAUAGUGAUCUCUUACCUGAUGGCAGCAUAAAUUUUUCGAAAAGAUGGCAACAGUUUAAUAUUGUUGAAAAUAUGAAAAGGUUCAAAAAAGGGACAUAUUCAUUCAAGAAACACGAACGUAUCAUAACGUUCUUCAAUAAUUUCAGUGAUUUCCUCUGUGAGGAGGCAAUGUGGCAGAUUUCAGAAAGUAUCAAACCACGUGGUGGGAAAAAAACACAGUCGCAGAACUAGAAUAUAUCUAACCCUUUCACUGCCUGUGUCUCGAAAUCGAAAGGCUGAAUCAGUGAAUUAGAAAUUUAUAUUUAUGGUAUUUAGAUAAAUUUUUAAUUAUGAACUGAAGAAAAAUGAUACAACACUCUAGGAUGGUGAAAGGGUUAGCUAUGUCUAUACCGUUUCAACAGCCUCUGUGAGGUUGUAUUUUAAUUUAUGGAAAUUUAAGUAUUCAAUCUAUAUUAAACAAAAGGAAAAAGAAAAAGAGAUUACAAACAAACAUUUAGAUCAAAUUGAAAUUUGAUGUAUUUGUUUUGUUUAAAAAUAUAAAUUGCGUGUAUGGAUAUCGAUUGAAUCGAAACGCGUCGAGACUUUAAUGAAUUGGCUAAGAUCAAUCAUGUCUCAAUGUAUUUUUAUAGUUUUUUUCCUUUUUGCCAUAAGAUAAAUAAGGGAAAAAUUUGCUAUGGAUCUAUGCAACGUAUACUUAAACGAUGCAGCUAUAACGAUGCUUAACAUAGCAUGAAGGGAAAGAAACCCCGCACAU